AUGCCUUACAAGAAAGGCCUCUUAACUGUAAAAAAAUUCUUUGUGAAAAAGAAAAACGCAAUUCGGGAGAAACUUGGAAGAACUAGUGAGAAGGUAUAUACGAGUAAAUCAAACCAUAGACAAUCCAGAAGACAGACAAUCUAGAAAUACAUUGUCUUCUGGAUGGUCUAUGAUCAAACCAAUGUUGGCUACUGUAUGUCUAUGAUCAAACUGUAAGAUGUAUUGUAGACUGGAGUUUACAGGUUUCCUGGCUUAAUCAUGUUCAGUACAUGUUGACAGGGUAAUAUGCAUGGUCACAUUAAUUAUAUUAUUCAACAAUCUGUAUGCACACAUCAUGCCAGCCAAUUGUCAAAUGAAUAUAGGCAAAUAUAGACACACACUGUACUGGGUAGUUACCUAUUUGCUAUAUACUAUAUAUUAUCAGGCAGCUAGACAAGUAAAAAAUAGGUAGGGCGCACUCAGGACACAUUGCGGCUCAAUGGGUUAACUUGAGGCAUUGUCAGAUUUUUUGGUUAACCCACUGCAGAGCUUUCCUAUUGACGAGUAAAAUCGUCUGGCGUUAGACAAGCAAAAAAAUAAGUGGCGUGCAUUGGGGCUCAAUCCAUGCAUUAAUACUAAGUAGAACUCUUGGUAUAAUAUAUCAUAUAUAAUAAUUUAAUUAUUGAAAUUUCUUUUAUUUGCUUUGUUCAGGCAAAUCCUACACCACCUGCGACAGUUGACCAACAAAUAUUGCAGGAUAUAACAAGCUCUUCUAACAAUUAUAAUGAUCUUGCUACACCAUUAAGAAGUACAACCAAUGCAAUACAAAAUUUUAAGGAUUUAGUCAGCUCUGUGGAUACCAUUGAUCUUCCUUGUGGUUGGGCAUUAGCAAAUAGUGACCGUGACUCGCUAAGGAUUGUGUAUCUGGAAGAAAGUGAGAACAACUGCACCCAGGAUCCCAAGAUAACAAAAUCCGUAACCAUAUUAAGUGACCUUACAUGGGAACUCAGGAUCCUUAAUCCUGCAGCGAAUCAAGACAACAACAGAACUUCGCAAGUUGCUAAUAUCUGUGCAGUCAGUGAAAAUAUGCUGUGGAAAUCCAGAGUUCAGUCAACCAGAGUCAACUGUAGGGAGCAAUCGUAUGGUUGGUGA